AUGGCGAUGUACAACGACAUCCCGGACCAUCGCUAUCGCUUCAUCAACUUCGUCGGCGACGCCUUUGUGGUCGGCGCCGGUUGCGGCUCUACCUUCCACUUCGUCAAGGGGUUCCGCAGCUCGCCGGCCAAAGGUGGAGGUGGACGCCUGGCGGCCGCCGUCCGUGCUGUCUGCGCCAACACGCCUCGCGUAUCCGGGAGCCUCGGAGCCGCCAUGGCCGUGAUCUGCGCCUUGGAGAGUGCCGUCUCCCUCGCGCGCCAGAGGGAGGAUCACUGGAACUCCAUCCUUGCCGGCACAGCUUCCUAUGGCCUACUGAACGUGCACCGGGGCGCCUCCGCCGCCGCCUUGUCCGCCUUGUUCGGCGCCACCUUUUUUACGGGUCUUGCUGGCGCCUAUCUGGCAGCUGAAUCGUGGCACGGCCGGCUCAUUGUGUCCGGCCGCGAGUGGCGAAUGAAGGACGGCUUGCCAGCGCUGGUACCCAUCAGGCGUAUCAGUAUCCCAGCGGCAGCGACCGCCGUGGUUCAUGAGGACCCAGCCACAGCCAGCGCCGGCACCGUCGAGUAG